AUGGCCGAGUUGAUCAGUAACAAGUCAGUCUACUCACGGGAUGAGUUUAACUGGGAAUCCAACAAGAUGAAGUUGAUGAACGAGGUCGAUAACAUCAUCCUUUCUUUUAAUCUUCUGCCGUACCAGGACCUAACCAAACCACCUAUAAAAAAUACCAAAACCUCCUCCACCAAAGCGGCAUCGGCUGCUCCCAUAGUGGCACAAGAGCCUCCACCACGCCCUCCACCCAUUCCAUUAACACAAGAGCCAUUCAAACAGAAAAUCGAAAUGCCCAAAUUGUCAAAAACCCAGAGAAGAAUGUCGUUGGACUUGAUGCAAACAAGGCCCCAAUCCACCACAAACCCGUUUAUCAUCCAUACACGUACCAAUAGCUUGAGUAAGCCGGCCCUAACAAGUACUUCGACUGUGAAUGUGCUAACCAAGGCCGAAAUAGGCAAGUUGCAAGAUAACCCUCCGCCACAAAAGGUAAACGACCCCAGGAAAUUCAACUUGACGCUGAUAAUUCCCAAGCGCAGAGUGGCCAAGGAACCGGUAAGCAAUACCACAAACACGGAAGUCACGUUGUCGGCGGUGGAUAAACGAAACCGAAGAGCGUCUCUUGUGGGGGAAAAUCUACCAACCUAUAUUAAAGACCAGCUUCUGCUUGUGGGGGGAAACAAAAAGCAGUUGAACAAAAAGCAGUCUCGACUCCAGAACCUUCUUUCCAACUCCGAGUCGCUUUACGUCCACAAUAAAGAUUCCUCCAGCUUAAAAUCAGAUACUCGCACCGGAACCUCUGACUACAACACCUCCAACCACACGGAGUCAGAUGACGAUAAGGAGUACGUUCUGCCCAACCUGUUGACGCGGUACUACGAAGACAACGACGAGGAUGAGGAUGAGGUGGACUUUGUGAAUGUAGACGGUAG